GCUGGUCCCGCCCGCGGCGUGGGGGCGGCCGCCGGGCGCGGUCGCGGCGCGGAGCCGGAUCCCCGCGAGCCAGAGGUGCAGCAGCCCGCGGAGGCCGGCGGGCGGGCAGGAGGCUGAGACAGCCGGACAGGCAGGCAGGCAGUCGGAGGGAGACGAGGGACGAUUUGGACAUGCUCAUUCUCGGGCGCUUGGUUGCCUGCAUCCAGCUCAUCUGUAUCCUCAGAGUGGAUUUGGUGUACGGAUACUAUAGACAACAGAGGAAAUUGAUUGAAGAGAUUGAUUGGUCAUAUACAGGAACUUUGAACCAAAAGAACUGGGGCAAGAAAUAUUCUGCCUGUAAUGGUGCCAAACAAUCGCCUAUUAAUAUAGAUGAAGACCUUACCCAAGUUAAUGUGAAUCUGAAGAAACUUAAAUUCCACGGAUGGGAAAAGGAAACUUUGGAAGAUACUUUCAUUCGCAACACUGGCAAAACAGUGGAAAUUAACCUGACAAGUGAUUAUUAUGUGAGUGGAGGUGGGUUAGACACUAUAUUCAAAGCAAGCAAGAUCACUUUUCACUGGGGAAAAUGCAACGCAUCAUCAGACGGAUCAGAACAUAGUCUAGAAGGACAAAAAUACCCUCUUGAGAUGCAGAUCUACUGCUAUGAUGCAGAUCAGUUUACAGAUUUUGAAGAGGCAGUUAAAGGAAGUGGAAAGUUAAGAGCUUUAUCAAUUUUGUUUGAGAUUGGACCAGAAGACAAUCCGGAUUAUAAUCCAAUCAUUAAUGGAGUAGAUAGUGUUAGUCGUUUUGGAAAACAGGCCGCCUUAGAACCAUUUAUUUUGCUGAAUCUCUUGCCAAAUGCAACAGACAAAUAUUACACUUACAAUGGGUCUCUAUCAGCUCCUCCGUGCUCUGAAACAGUUGAAUGGAUUGUGUUUAAAGAUACCAUAAGUAUUUCUGAAAACCAGUUAGCUGUAUUCUGUGAAGUGCUUACAAUGCAGCAGUCUGGCUAUGUUAUGCUGAUGGACUACCUGCAAAACAACUUCAGAGAACAGCAAUAUAAGUUCUUUGGGCAAGUGUUUUCCUCUUACACUGGACAAGAAGAAAUUCAUGAAGCAGUUUGCAGCUCAGAACCUGAAAAUGUUCAGUCUGACCCAAAGAAUUAUACUAGUCUUCUUGUUACCUGGGAAAGACCUCGUGUUGUAUAUGACACCACAAUAGAGAGAUUCGCUGUCUUUUAUCAACAGCUGGAUGGAGAAGACCAGACUAAGCACGAGUUUCUGACAGAUGGGUAUCAGGACUUGGGGGCUAUUCUAAACAAUCUGCUGCCCAAUACAAGUUAUGUUCUUCAGAUAGUUGCUGUUUGCUCUAAUGGUCUGUAUGGAAAAUACAGCGACCAAGUCAUUGUUGAUAUGCCUUUAGAGGAUGCAGAGGCUGACCUCAUUCCUGAACUGAGUGAAGCUGAAGAAUAUGAGGAUGAAGUUGAUGAAAAGGAAACAGAGGUGGAUGAAGAAACUGUAGUGGUUCCUAGCACUGACAGUACAAUGAACCAAUUGAGGAGAGAUUUUCAGGUGAUUACAUCCAGCUACAGUCAAGGAAAAAAGGGAACAAAACCCAGUGAAGCCAAAACAAAUAGAUACCUAACAAGAGAAGAAUUGCAUGGUAAGGAUAAUAUUUUCAAAGCAGUUUAUUAUGCUACUUCUCCACCUAUUGGUGAAAAUUCUGAAGAGGAAGAUCCUUUUUUGGAAUCCCAAACAAUUACUGGAAUUCCUCCUCACAUCAUUGACUCCACCAAAGGCAGAGAAGACGAGUUUAUAUAUCUUUCUUCAGGCACCGAGCCAACAAGAAUAACCACCACUGGCCUCAGUGACGAAGAUUUCUUGUUGUCUUCUUUUAAACCUCAUCAGGAAUCUGAUGACUUUUGGAGUUCAGUUCCUACCACUUCUUCAUCACAGCUGGUUACAGAGGAGGCCUCCCAAGAAGAUGCCCUUCCUUCAGGAAGUCCAGAUAUAAGUGCGCAUGAUGUUCUUUCCCAAGGCUCCAUUAAAUAUAUUUCAGAAGUCAUAGCACCCUCAAGCUCCGAUGAGCCUCCAAAGCAUACUUCUUCCACUGAUGGAAAUUUAUGGUUUCAUAAUGCUACAGAUCCAACAACUCAAUCUGUUGAUACAUCACCCAGCGGGCAGUUGUCUCAGCCCAGUUACACAGAUGCUUAUGUAGAGGGAUUAAAGCCGACUACAGAGCCCUAUACAAGCAGCCCUGUGGUUUUACAAGACACUUCAGAUGUGGAUUUAGAAUUGCCACAUUAUUCUACCUUUGCUUUCUCCUCUGCUGAAUUAUCACCUCACUCUAUCUCUUCAAGCUCUGGAGAAUAUGGUUCUGCUUCUGCUGCCAGUGAGGUACUCUCUCAGACAACUCAGCCAGUCUAUAAUGGUGAGAUACCUCUUCAACCUUCCUACAGUAGUGAAGUGUUUCCUCUAGUCACCCCCUUAUUGUUUGACUCUCAGAUGCUCGACACUACCCCUGCUACAUCAGAUAGUGAUGUGACCUUGCAUGCUACACCUGUAUUUCCCAGUGUUGAUGUGUCAUUUGAACCCACCCUGUCUUCCUAUGAUGAUGUACCUUUGCUUACAUUUUCCUCUGCUUCCUCCAGUAGUAAAAUGUUUCACCGUUUGUAUACAGUUUCUCAAAUGUUUCCACAAAGUGCUACUCCAGCUGUUGCAAGCGAUAAGGUGUCCCUGCAUGCUUCUUUGACGUUGGCAGUGGGUGAUCCAUUAAUACAGACAAGCCUUGCUCAAUUUGCUGAUGUGGUGUCACAUCAGACCACUCAUGCUGCUUCGGAGACACUGAUGUUUGGUCAUAAUAGAACUCACAUAUUUCCUCAAGUUGAACCAUCCAGCAGUGAUUUAAAUAUGCAUGUACUAUCUACAAUGUCUGAACUUCCUUAUGCUUUGUCUGGUAAUGUGGGCUCCCUCCAAAGCUUUACUGUUUCCUAUGACUCUGCAGAAUUUGUGCAUGGUUCUGUUGACGUAUUUCAUCAAGAUCCUUUAUUUAGCAGCUAUAACAAUGUACUGGUGCAUAAACCUUCUUCUGUAAUAUCACAAGCUGAUAUUUUGCUGCAGCCUACGCGCUCUCUAUCUAGUGACACGGAUUGGUCUGAAGCAUACUCUGGUAGUGAGUCCCUUUUGCCUGAUACAGAUACUUUGACCGUACUUAACGUUUCUUCCUCUGAUUUUGUUGCUGAGAUUCCAUAUGAAUCAUCCGGGUUUAGUGAUGUUAAUAAGAUACUUCAAAAAGGCGAUGUUAUAUAUGGAGAGGAGAGAGAACUGAAAAUUUCCUCUUCUUUAAGUGAAAUGGCUUCCAGUGCUGAAAGUAAAGUAAUACAUGAACUUUCUACAUCUGUUUCUAAUAAUGUUGUAAUUGAGCAGAAUAUGUCUCUGCAAGAAAGCCCACUUCCUGUUUCUAGCACAAAGGGAAUCCUUCCAGUCUCUCUUGCUUUUCCCACUACUAAGAUAUUUGAUAAUGGUAUUAGUAAACUUACAGAAAAGCACCUUUCUGUUCAGCCUUUGCAUGUUACAACUCCAGCCUUUGAUGACACUUUGCUUAAACCUGUGCUUAGUGCAAGCUCAGAUCAAGCUCUCUCUGUCCCUGCUUAUAGCAAAAUGUUAUCCUCGACUCAGCUGUACUUUUAUGAGACUUCAGCUACAUUAAAUAAUGAAGCAUUACUGCAGUCCUCCUUCCAGUCUUCAGGCGAUGGCACUCUGCUUAACACCGCUGCAGUUGUGCCUAGUGAUCCCGUAUUGGCUGAAAGCUCAAGGGUUCAAAAAGAUAGUUCUGCAUUUGACCAACUAGUGCAUCAAAAGGCACCAGGUUCUGCUACAACUGAAAGCAAACUGCAUUCUACAUCUGCACCUUCUGUUGCUGAUACAAUGUCAAACACUUUUAGUAAGCCCACAGCGUCACUUCAAGGUUUAUCUUUUUCUUAUGCAAAUGAGAGAUAUGUUUCAUCCAGUUUAUUUAACAGUGAAGAUGUUCAGAAGGUUGUGCCUUCAUUGUACAGUAGCGAUGUUUCAUUCCAGCUGACCAGUUUAGAAAACACAAAUGCCUUUCCGUCCCAGGCAGCGAAUGCUGCAACAACUCCCUUCCUAACAGGUGACACAUCAUCACAUGUAGCUACUCCUACAGACAGCCAGUCUUCAAGUGUUUUUGAAAGAAUUGAUGCUGACAGUGUCUCUUCAAGUUCCACACUUGGUUUUGAUCCUGUUCAUAUGCCUGCAGUUGUUUCUGGUUCUGAUGUGUCCGUUCAUCACACUCUUCCUUUACCAAAUACACUUGUUUCAGUUACGGCUGUCCCUUCCAAAAGCAAGAUCCCUGUAACUUUGAAUAGGUUGCUGAUUCCUUCUGGAGAAUCCUCUGGGUUGUCUCCCAGUAUCAUGUCCAGUACUGAUUUGUGGUCUUCUGUAGUUGAGGAUGACUACGAUGAAUAUGAUGAUGCCUUCCCUGUAAGUAACUGUAUCUCGUGCACUUCCCAUAGAGAAGAUCAGGAUAUGGUAGUAGAGGAUGAAAAUACGAAGGUAAAUAAUAACAAGGAUCAGAGUAACCUAAUUAUAAGUUCACAUUCUGAGAAAUCUGAAGAAGAGAAGUUUUCUACUGCUGCAUCUGACAGUCAGAUAAACCGUGCCAUGGACAGACAUAAUUAUACAUCCAUACCAACUUUGACAGCGAAUGUGAUACCUGAGAAGCGCAACAACCUGAAAAUUUUGGAGAACCACAUUCAGACUUCUAGUGUCCAAUUGCAAAACACAUCAGAAUCUAAGUCUUGGGCUGUUUUGACAAGUGAUGAAGAAAGUGGUUCUGGCCAAGGUACCUCAGAUAGCCUUAACGAUAACGAAACUUCAACAGAUUUCAUUUUUCCUGACCAUAAUGAGAGAGACACUGAAGGGGCAGUUGAAGCAGGUAACUCAGAAUUAACUCCUGGAUCAUCACAAUCAUCAGCCUCAUCUGUUACUAGUGAUCAUUCAUCAGUGUUCAACAUCUCUGAGGCAGAGGCAAGUAAUAUUAGCCAUGAGUCUCGUAUUGGUCUAGCUGAGAGUCUGGAAUCAGAGAAGAAGACAGUUAUACCACUUGUGGUCGUAUCAGCCCUGACUUUUAUCUGUCUAGUGAUUCUUGUGGGUAUUCUCAUUUAUUGGAGGAAAUGUUUCCAGACUGCUCAUUUUUAUUUAGAAGAUAAUACAUCACCUCGAGUGAUUUCUGCUCCCCCAGCUCCAGUCUUCCCAGUCUCAGAUGAUGUUGGAGCAAUUCCAAUAAAGCAUUUUCCCAAACAUGUUGCAGAUUUACAUGCAAGUAAUGGUUUUUCUGAAGAAUUUGAGGAAAUCCAGAGCUGUACUGUAGAUCUAGGUAUUACAUCAGACAGCUCUAAUCACCCUGACAACAAGAAUAAGAAUCGAUAUAUAAACAUUGUUGCUUAUGAUCAUACUAGGGUUAAAUUAGCACAGCUUGCUGAAAAGGAUGGAAAACUGACUGAUUACAUUAAUGCAAACUAUGUUGAUGGCUACAACAAGCCGAAAGCCUACAUUGCAGCUCAAGGGCCUCUAAAAUCAACAGCAGAAGAUUUUUGGAGAAUGAUAUGGGAACAUAACGUGGAAGUUAUUGUGAUGAUAACUAAUCUCAUUGAGAAAGGAAGGAGAAAAUGUGACCAGUACUGGCCUGCUGAAGGUAGUGAAGAAUAUGGGAACUUCUUGGUUACUCAGAAGAGUGUUCAUGUACUUGCCUAUUACACUGUGAGGAAUUUUACUCUUAGAAACACCAAGAUCAAAAAGGGCUCCCAGAAAGGGAGGUCCAGUGGCCGCAUAGUGACUCAGUACCAUUAUACCCAGUGGCCUGACAUGGGUGUUCCAGAAUAUACCCUGCCCGUUCUCACCUUCGUGCGGAAGGCGUCGCAUGCCAAGCGCCACGCUGUCGGGCCUGUUGUGGUUCAUUGCAGUGCUGGUGUUGGAAGGACAGGCACAUACAUAGUGUUAGACAGCAUGCUGCAGCAAAUUCAGCAUGAAGGGACAGUCAACAUAUUUGGAUUCUUAAAACACAUACGUACCCAAAGGAACUACUUGGUGCAGACUGAGGAGCAGUACAUCUUCAUUCAUGAUGCGUUGGUUGAAGCGAUACUCAGUAAAGAAACAGAAGUCCCUGAGACUCACAUUCAUGCCUACGUUAAUGCUCUCUUGAUACCUGGACCAACAGGAAAGACCAGACUGGAAAAACAAUUCAAGUUACUGAGCCAGUCUAACACACAGCAGUGUGAUUAUUCAACUGCACUCAAACAGUGUAACAGAGAAAAGAACCGAACCUCAUCUAUCAUUCCUGUGGAAAGAUCUAGAGUGGGUAUCUCAUCACUAUCUGGUGAAGGCACAGACUACAUCAAUGCUUCCUAUAUUAUGGGUUAUUAUCAAAGUAAUGAAUUCAUUAUUACUCAGCAUCCCUUACUGCACACUAUCAAGGAUUUCUGGAGAAUGAUAUGGGACCAUAAUGCCCAGUUAAUAGUCAUGCUUCCUGAUAGUCAGAACAUGGCUGAAGAUGAAUUUGUGUACUGGCCAAACAAAGAUGAGCCUAUAAACUGUGAGAGUUUCAAAGUCACUAUGAUUGCUGAAGAACACAAGUGUCUGUCUAACGAGGAGAAACUCAUAAUCCAAGACUUUAUUUUAGAAGCUACACAGGAUGACUAUGUACUUGAAGUGAGGCAUUUUCAGUGUCCAAAGUGGCCAAAUCCUGAUAGUCCCAUUAGUAAAACUUUUGAACUGAUCAGCAUCAUCAAAGAGGAAGCUUCCAACCGUGAUGGGCCCAUGAUUGUACAUGAUGAGCAUGGAGGGGUCACAGCAGGCACUUUCUGUGCAUUAACAACUCUGAUGCAUCAACUGGAAAAUGAGAAUUCAGUGGAUGUUUACCAUGUAGCAAAGAUGAUAAAUUUGAUGAGGCCUGGAAUCUUUACAGACAUUGAACAGUACCAGUUUCUGUACAAAGCUAUUCUCAGCCUUGUCAGCACAAGACAAGAAGAAAACCCUUCAGCAUCUAUGGACAGUAAUGGCUCAGCUUUACCUGAUGGAAAUGCAGCUGAAAGUUUAGAAUCCUUAGUUUAAUUAGCACAUCAAAUCAAACAUACACAUCACAGCAUCACACCAAUCACACCUGGAGUUUACCAUUAUUAUUUUCAGUUUUAUACUUUGGGUGGGGAAGAUCUGUCCAGUCACUAUAUAUAAAAUCAGACCCCAACCAUUGCUCAAACCAAGUCAUUUCUGUUAUCUACAACUUUACUGUGGAACUUUUAUCAUUAACAAUGUGUGCCUUUUCUUGAAAGAUUUCUUGUAAUACAUUGUUACAGCUGGACUAACUUGAUUGACUUUUACAGUGUUUCUAAUAAUUGAAUUGUGGUAUGUUUUUUCAGUAUUAGGUUUUUUGAUUUAUCUGGCUUUACUUUUAACUUAAAAUUACCAUAUUUAUAGAUGUUAGGGAAUUCUCAAUUACAAACAUGUCAUGGGUUUAGUAUUUGGUUUAUUCGCUGUAUUUAUAACAAUUUACAUUUGCUAGAAAUGCAACUUUUAAUAUAGUAGAAUGUAAAUAAGAUACUGUUCUACAUAACAUUCAACAUUUUAAGACUUCAAUUAGACAUUUAGAAUAGUAAUCUGAUACUUACUGUAAAUACUGCUACUUCUGUAGUGAUCCAUGGACCAAAUUUAUAUUUAUAAUUGUAGAUUUUUAUAUUUUACUACAGAGUCGGUUUUCUAGUUCUGUGUAAUUGCCUUGUUAAAAUGAUGUAGUCAGUAUGUUUUUACUUUAACAAAGUCUUCUGAAUAUACAAUUGUGCAUCUUAAGCAAUUUACCUUCAUAUAGCUGCAUGUGAUUUUAACUUUUUGUGGGAACUAGAAAUCAUUUGUUUUGAAAUGAAAACUUUUUAUGAGACUAACACUGUACUUGGCAUUGUUAAAUUGUUUUUACCCUGGUAUUGCAAAAAUAAAUAUAAAUAUUCCA